CUGCUGCUUUCCUAUUGCAAGUGUGGGCGCAACCUGUAGUACAGAGGUCUCCUUCAUCCAUUGCACACACAGCGCACAGGUGACAAUGGAGGACCGGUGGCAAGAGUGCAUGGAUUUUGCUGUUUCAAUAGCAAGAAAGGCAGGCUCAGUGGUGUGUGCAGCACUAAAGGAAGAUGUUUCAAUAAUGGUUAAAAGCUCCCCAGCAGAUCUGGUGACAGCCACAGAUCAAAAAGUAGAAGAAAUGAUUAUCUCAUCCAUUAAGGAAAAAUAUCCAUCGCACAGUUUUAUUGGCGAGGAGUCUGUAGCUGCAGGAGCUGGAAGCACGCUAACAGAUAAUCCAACCUGGAUCAUAGAUCCCAUAGAUGGCACAACUAACUUCGUACACAGGUUUCCAUUUGUGGCUGUGUCUAUUGGAUUUGCUGUGCACAAGCAGGUUGAAUUUGGAGUUGUCUACAGCUGUGUAGAAGACAAAAUGUACACUGGGAGAAAGGGAAAAGGUUCAUUCUGUAAUGGUCAGAAAUUACAAGUCUCCGGACAGAAAGAUAUUACCAAAUCCAUGAUAAUAACGGAGCUAGGGUCAAAUCGGAAUCCAGAGGUUAUUAAAACGGUGCUGUCUAACAUGGAGAGACUGCUGUGUAUUCCCAUCCACGGGAUUAGAGCAGUUGGUACAGCAGCAGUAAACAUGUGUCUAGUGGCUACUGGAGGUGCAGAUGCUUAUUAUGAGAUGGGUCUUCAUUGCUGGGAUAUGGCAGCUGCGUCCGUUAUCGUUACAGAAGCAGGCGGAACGAUCCUGGAUGCAACAGGAGGACCGUUUGACCUGAUGUCCUGCAGGAUCAUAUCCGCUAGCAGCCGAGAAAUAGCGGAGCGAAUCGCUAAAGAGCUACAGAUUAUACCCCUGGAACGGGAUGAUGGCAAAAGUACCAACUGAAAUGCCAGUUUUAAUUAAAGGGGUUUUUGUACAUAUUGGCAUAAGAAUCUAUGAAUAUUUAUGGAAUUAUGUACAUAUGUUUAUGUAUUAUGUUCUGUAAUGAGUUUUUAUUUUCAUGCAACAACAUUUUUAAGCAAACAUGUACAUGUUAUAUUCAAUUUUAAUUAUUGUUCUUUGUUUUACUUAUAAGUUUACCUAUUUCAUACUUCCUGCCAUUCAUUCUACAGAGUUGGAAUAAAAGUACCAUAGUGCUGACACCAUC